AUGGGCCGAGGUAUUCAAGGAGUUUCGGAAAAAUUUGCGAAAUCCGAGAGCUUUCAACCAACCCAAGAAAAUAGUACCACUCUGGUCACUGAAUCUGGUCAGCAGACAUCUCGCCUCGCCGUAAAUGAUCAUCACCGUCAUUACAGUAAGCAUCAUAAACGCCCAGAAGACCAUGGCGCCCCAACAACAGCUCAAACUGAUCUCAAUUCAACUUCCGGUGCUGGUGAGCAUGUGAACAAGGACACUGCUUCAGCGGCUUCCAUAAAUAAUCCCAAGCCGUCAAAAAAAUCGUCGGACAAAGAUGAGAAGGAGGCGGCCGAACCGGAGAAAGGAUUGUCCGGAAACUUUCAACAUUUUCCCAAGAAAACGAGACGCUUCGAUUACGAAGACGUUCGGAGAGGAAAGGACAAUUUCUUCCACGUCGAUGUUGCCACUGAAUGUGAAACAUAUUUUAAAGCUCAGCGAGUUCGUUUGAUGGAAAAGAAGACGGAGCACUUUGCCUUCAUCGUGGACUUGGAUGCUUAUGAAUACCAUAAAGUUGUCUUUCAUCUCUUUCUCAAUGAGAUUUUGGAAAGUUCCUUCUUUCGGUUAUCCAUCCUGGUUCUUGUCUUGGUCAACGCAAUCAUCAUCGGGUUACAGACUGACCCCAACAUGGUCAGCAAUUAUGCCACGUAUUUCUACAUAUUUGAUCAAGUUAUCCUUAGCGUGUUCCUGUUUGAAAUUCUGAUCAAGUGGAUUUAUGAUUUUCGAUUGUUUUGGAAAGUCGGUUGGAACAUUAUGGAUUUUAUAAUUAUUUUUCUCAUCAUUCUGGCCGCUGUUAUACCUACUUUUCGAAAUAGUAGAGCCCUCGUAGUUGUCCGAGUUGUACGAGCGUUCCGUAGUUUAAGAUCUGUGAGUUUUCUAUCAAGUCUUAAAAUUGUGAUGCACACGAUCAUCCGAUCUGGCGUGGACAUGGGAAACAUUCUCAUCGUUUUGAUGAUCUUCAUGCUGGUCAUGUCCAUCAUGGGAGUGAUUCUCUUUGACUAUCCGGAACUGGAAACCAAACACUUUUUAACCGCAGUGGACGCUUGGUUUGUCCUGUUCAUUUGUGUGACACAAGACGGAUGGAAUCAAGUCUUGGAUGAAUUUAGAUCGAAUACUACAUAUUUUCCGUGGUUGGCUGUCUACCUAAUUUUGGCCGUUUCAAUUGGGGCCUUUGUCUUUGCAAACUUGAUUGUUGCCGUGAUUGUGGCGAAUUUGGAGUUGUCCGUCAAAGAAAUGAGGGAAGAAGCAAAGGCGUCAAACAAUCCGUUGGAAUUUCAUCCCGAAAUUUCCAACAAUGUUGUCGAAAUGUUACCCGUUUACGAUCUGUUAUCGAAACACAACUCGCACAUUUUGUCCCAGCGACCGUUGAGGAUCCCAAAUUUGAAAAAGUUGACGCAGAGAAGAAUCCAAACUUAUAUUAGUCUGAUCGUCGCUCUCGAGCAAAAUAUGCUGGAAGCCCAAAUAAUCAAUUUGGACUUGGAGAAAAUCCUCGGCGUUAUAUUAUCCGUUGUCCUCCAACUGGACAUGUAUUCUCAACAACAAGCUCAUGAAAACGAGUUGAAGCGAACGUAUAACGUGGCCUUGGCAAAAAGUAAGCAAAUUGACGGAGCGACUAACAUAAUUCCGCCACCAACGCCGUCCCAAGUUCGGCAAAUGACGGCAAAAAAUAUAAAAAUGGUGACAACGUUGCCUGAUCUUGCGAACAAGAGUGCGACAGCAAACUUAGCUUUUAUGCAAAUAUUGAAGAAUCGGAGGUCCCUGUUUGCGACAGAGUUGAUAAACAGCGGUACAAACACGCCAGCGCAGCCACCGACUCAGGCCACCAGCUCGAGAAAAAACGAGAAAAGGCGUACCUCUGGGCGAAGAAAGUCGACGACAACAAUGACGACGACGUUAAGUGAUUUUUUUGAUUAA